UUUUCCCACCUUUCCUGCUACAGUGCUUUGUGAUCUUUGCUGACCGCUGACCCUUUGCUUGUGUAAAACCGCUGCAAUUGGUCUAACUUAUUGACAGUUAAUAUUAACCAUGAGCUCACAGUAUAGCAUCCUGUUUAAACAGGAGAAUGCCCACGAUGACGCGAUCUGGAGCUGUGCGUGGGCACGGUCGGACACAGAUGGUGUGGACAACAUUGUCACAGGAUCUGUAGACGAUAGCGUGAAGGUCUGGAAAUGGGUUGAUGAAAAGUUGGAGCUAAGAUGGACCCUUGAGGGACACCAGCUGGGUGUGGUGUCAGUGGACAUGAACCAGGAAGGCACCAUGGUUGCCUCCAGCUCCCUUGAUGCCCAUAUAAGGUUAUGGGAUAUUGAAACAGGGAAACAGAUGAGGAGCAUGGAUGCUGGGCCAGUUGAUGCGUGGACCGUUGCCUUCUCCCCCGAUUCGCGGUUCAUCGCGUCCGGCAGCCACGGUGGGAAAGUCAACAUCUUCAACGUGGAGAACGGGAAGAAGGAAACGUCGCUGGACACCCGCGGGAAAUUCACUCUCAGCAUCGCCUACAGUCCAGAUGGGAAGUACGUUGCCUGUGGAGCCAUUGAUGGCAUCAUCAACAUAUUUGACAUCACAACAGGGAAACUUCUCCACACAUUAGAGGGCCACGCCAUGCCUAUCCGAUCGCUGGCGUUCUCCGGAGACUCCCAGCUUCUGGUCACAGCCUCAGACGACAGCCACAUCAAGAUAUAUGAUGUCCAACAUGCGUCUCUGUCCCACACCCUGAGUGGGCAUGCGUCCUGGGUACUGAAUGUGUCGUUUUCACCAGACAACACUCACUUUGUGUCAAGUUCUUCAGACAAGAGUGUGAAGGUUUGGGAUGGCAGGAUGAGGCAGUGUGCUCACACUUUCUUUGACCAUCUUGAUCAGGUAUGGUGUGCGGAGUACAAUACCAACGGAACCAAGAUUGUGUCGGUUUCAGACGAUAGAGCCAUUCACAUCUAUGACUGCCCGUUGUAAAUUUCUAUCUUAAAACCACUGAACUACAUUUGAUGUAUAGCACACUUAGUUACUUUCUUUGAGCUCAAAAUGUACAACUUUAAUGUAAAAACAUGUAAAAUUCAGCUUGUUUUACAGCAUAAUCUACUGAUUUAUGAUGAGCAUUAAGAAAGACACUAGAAAAAGGGGAAAAUCAAAUUUGCAUAAUGAGUUAGCAUGGGAAAGAAAUUAGCAGAUUUUUACCCAUUCUUUGACCCUACUGCCAUGUCGGUACGUCCCUUAGUCGGCAUGUAUUAUACUUAGUAUAUUAUUAAGCUGUAUUUUUUUACAUUCCUUUGAUGUGAUAACGUUCCUGCUGUCAUGUAGUAAUCACAUACAUAAUAAUUCAACUACAAAGUUCACUUAAGUUCAUGUUUAGUGUUUAGUGGUGUGUGUAAAGGGGGAUCUUAAUUGUAAAACUAGAAAAGCUGAAACUGAUGAAGAAUGUUAGAAAGGUGUUGCUUCUUCUUGUCAUUGUUUUACAAAAGCCUUACUUCAGAAAAUAAAAGUGACUUCUUUUCUA